AUGAGUCUUAAUUCUAAUCUUUUAUCUGAUUUGGAUGCAGCAUUUAUUAAAGAUAACAGCCAAUUAGUGGAAGCAUACAAUGAUAUUAAUUGGAAUGACCUCACGUCAUUAAAUAACUUAGUAGCAAGCAUAGAGAAAGUGGUGGUAAAGUAUAAAACUCCUAAUAUCGAUAUUAGAGAGGCGCUAGAGGGAAUAUUUUGGCAACUUCUUAAAAGAUACCCAUUAUUUUUCGGAUAUUGGAAAAAAUUUACCGCCAUUAUAUAUCAGCUUAAUGGCUUAGAAGCAUCGAUUAACAUUUUAUCAAAAUCGAUAGAAGCGUUCCCAAGAUCGUUAGAAUUAUGGUGUGAUUAUCUAAAUGUUAUGUGUGCCAAUAACCCUGACCAAAUUGACACGAUUAGAAAGAAUUUUCUGAAAGCUAAGGAUUUGGUAGGCCAUCAUUUUUUGGCAAAUACGUUUUGGGAUAAAUAUAUUGCAUUUGAGACUAAACAUGAAGAAUGGGACAAUUUAUUUGAUAUAUAUAAUGAAAUGGUGGAUAUACCACUACAUCAAUAUUCUAGAUAUGGCCAAGCAUAUAUGAACUUAUUACAAUCAGGUAAAACAAAGAAGACAGAUAAAGAUGCUAGCUCACGGUUAAAAUGGACCCAAAAAUUGGUUAGCAUGGUUUGGACUUAUGAAAGUAAAAUAAAGCAAAGCUAUUUCAGUUUGACACCUCCUUCGGAGGGUGAAGUUAAUAAUUGGGAUGCAUAUCUUUCUUUUCUCCUGAGUAACUAUAAGAACAAUAAAAUAUCCAUAAAAUAUGUUACAAUGGUGUUUGAGAGAUCAUUAACUCCAUGCCUUUAUUUUGAAAAAAUAUGGCUAAAAUAUGUGAAUUGGUUACAAAAUGAAAACUAUUUUCAACUCCCACAUGUUAUUGAUAUUUAUAAGAGAGGAAAUAAGGUAUUGGCAGUACAAUGCAGGGAAUUCAGGUUCCAAUAUAUCAAAUAUUUGAAGAAGCAAUAUUCUAAUAAUAAAGAUAUGGUUUUCGUAUAUUUCACAGAAGCAAUUGCAUCCUUUAAUGAAAUAUGGCCAUUAGAAGUCUUCCCAAUGGGCGAAUAUUUAGUAAUUGUAAAAAGGUAUAAAUUUGCUUCAAGAAUCUCACAACCUAGUAAAGAAAUCUUAAGCAAACAAACUGCAUUUUGGAAAUAUCUUGAUAAAUGUGUCAUGAAUUACUUGAAAAAAAAUAUAGAUCUAUCAGAUCCUUUACAAAGUAUGAUGAAUGAUCAUAACAUAUCUGCCGUAAUAUCAAUGUUGAUAAAACAUGUGUGGCUAGUUUUGAAAAACACAAUGCAAACUAUGAAAUAUUUUAACUAUUUUGGAAAAAUUAAAAUUUUACAAUCAUCUGUAACAUUUUGGCUAUUGUACUAUAAAUUUGAAAAAUCAUCUAAAAAUUUUAUAAAACUAGAGAGUUUUAUUAAUAAUCUUGGCUCAAAAAUUUUCCUGCCGACAACUAUAAUGAAUGAUAUUUUGACAGAUUAUUCAAAGUUUUAUUUAACGAAUGCCACUGUAACUGAUUUUCAAAAAGCUCAAAAAUCAGAUUUAUAUGAGGAAACCCCUAAAUUAGACCCAAUCCUUUAUUCUCACUUUAAAUUGAAUGAUCCAAGUUGGUAUCCUGGAAAGAAUUUCAAUAUAACACUUGACAACAUUCAGAAAAAGCAGGAAUUUAAAGAGAAUGGCCAUCCAGGUAUAAUAAUAGAUAAACCUCAAAUUACGAACACUAUAAUAGGUGUGAAUUCUAAAAACUUCAUCAAGAGACCGCCAGGACUUCCUCAAUUUAGAAACUUGGAGAAAAUUAACCAAUCGCCUAGAUAUACAGAGUAUAUUCCCUAA